ACGUUCAUGGCCAGUGACUGGGCUCUACUCGUCUUCCACACGGUGGUCUUCCCUGAUGUUUGGGUUACUAUGCAGAAUUUGUGAGACCAAAGGAGUUCCGGUACUGGAAUGAUAGGGGGCAUGGAAAGAAUUUUUCAACGGAAAGUGUCACUUAGGAAGUGUGAUAUCGUUUUGCUAUAGCGAGUCUUUGUUUUAGUACCAGCAACUAACUGUGCAGGAGAAGGAUAAGCACAAUAAUAAAAACUGUGUUAUGAACGAUUGUGUGCAUUGCAGCUCUACUUUCAUUUAUCAUUAAAUCAGUAUUACGCAUACAUGUAGCAAGGCGAAUCUAAUUAUUUUCUUCAAAUUCGGUAACGUUUGCUACCGCGUAAUGUUUAAGGCUAGUGAAUUCUAUUUUACGUUCGCUGUCAUCGAUUCCCGCACUGCAGUGCAGACUGGAGGCACGCAACUGCACGCUGGUUAGCUAGCACAAACUAUUACGUCCAGUUUUAUAGUCUGUAACUUCGCAUAUCUAACGUUACUGCUCUUAUCAGCUAGCUAGCUAGCCACUACAGUUGGAGCUUGUUGAGAACUCAUAAUGCCACUGACAUCUGUCAGAGCACGUUUGGAGACCCUGAAACAGAAGCUGAAGUUGGACCUCUUCAGAGAAUUGGGUCGCCAGUAUCCGGUCUUCUGUUUUCUUCUUCUUUUUUUGCUUUUGUCAACCGUUCUCUUAAAUAGAUACCUUCACAUUCUUAUGCUUUUCUGGUCAUUUCUGGCUGGUGUCGUCACUUUCUAUUGUUCACUGGGACCAGAGACCCUACUGCCCAACAUCCUGUUCACAAUAAAGCCAAAAUCCAAGGACCAGCAAGAGCUAUUUCCCUUGGGUCACUGUUGUGCUGUUUGUGGCAAGAUCAGAUGUAAGCGACACAGACCAACGCUACUGCUGGAGAACUAUCAGCCAUGGCUGGAUUUGAAAGUGCACUCUAAAGUGGACGCAUCUCUUUCAGAGAUCCUGGAAUUGGUCCUGGAGAAUUUUGUGUACCCUUGGUACAGGGACAUUACAGAUGACGAAGCGUUUGUGGAUGAGCUGAGGGUGACCCUACGUUUCUUUGCUGCGGUGCUGGUCCGUCGGGCCCAAAAAGUUGAUGUUCCUUCUCUUAUAACACUAAAGCUCCUGAAAGUUGCCAUGAAACACAUUGAAAUCAUUGUGAAAGCUCGCCAGAAAGUGAAGAACUCUGAGUACCUGCAGCAGGUGGCUCUGGAGGAGUAUGGACCUGAUCUCCAUGUGGCCCUGCGGAGCCGAAGGGAUGAGCUUCUGUACCUUAGGAAGCUGACCGAGAUGCUUUUCCCUUAUAUCCUGCCUCCCAAGGCCUCUGACUGCAGAUCCCUCACUCUCCUCAUUCGGGAAGUGUUGGCAGGGUCCGUCUUCCUCCCCUCCAUGGACUUUUUGGCUGACCCUGAUACUGUGAACCAUUUGCUGCUUAUAUUUAUUGAUAACACACCGCCAGAGCCUGCGACAGAACCUUCCUCCGCCCUAGUUCCGUUCCUGCAGAAGUAUUCUGACGGGCGUAACAAAAAGUCAUCGGUGCUGAAGCUGGAGCUGAAGGAGAUCCGCGAGCAGCAGGACCUGCUGUUCCGCUUCAUGAACUUCCUGAAGCAGGAGGGCGCGGUCCACGUUCUGCAAUUCUGCCUCACUGUGGAGGAGUUCAAUGAUAAGAUUCUGUGCCCAGAGCUGAGCGACUCUGAGAUGCUGAUGCUUCACGAGGAGGUGAAGAAAAUCUAUGAGACCUACUGCCUGGAGGAGAGCGUCGACAAGAUCCGCUUCGACCCCUUCAUCGUUGAGGAGAUACAAAACAUCGCUGAGGGGCCGUACACGGGCGUGGUGAGGCUCCAGACCAUGCGCUGCCUUUUUGAGGCCUACGAGCACGUCCUGUCCCUGCUGGAGAACGUCUUCACCCCCAUGUUCUGCCACAGCGAUGAGUAUUUCAGACAGCUGCUGAGGGGGGCCGAAUCGCCCACCAGGAACUCAAAACUGAGCAGGAAUAGCCUGAGUUUGGAUGAUAUCCGUCCGUUCAUCCCGCAACCACCCUCCUCCUCUCGCGUAAAAACGGGUGCGACCUCCUCGGGGCAGGAGAGGGACCGCACGCGUUUCCCCGGGGCUCCGCCCAUCUCCCCCGGGUCUUCGCCCACCUCAGUUUUCCCUCAUGUCCAGUCCAUUCUAACCACCCUCCCAUCCGGCAUCCUCACCUCCCUCCCCACCGCGCUGAAGAGCACUUCCAAGCGCGGGGAGUCCUUCGGCAUCGGCCGCAUCGGCAGCAAGAUCAAGGGCGUCUUCAAGAGCACCACCAUGGAGGGCGCCAUGCUGCCCUCGCACGGCUUGGCUGAAGGGGAGGACGAUAUGGUGGAGGAGGCCAUCAUGGUGCUGGAGGACGACUCCCCCAUGGAGGCGGUCAGCACCCCCAGCACCCCCCGAAACCUGUCGGCCUGGAGCAUCGUCAUCCCCUACGUGGACUUCUUCGACGACGAGGUGAAGAAGGAGCGGAUCCCGGUGUUCUGCAUUGACGUGGAGCGCAACGACAGGAAGGCAGUGGGCCAUGCGACCGAACACUGGUCUGUUUACCGGCGAUAUCUUGAGUUCUACGUCCUGGAGUCCAAGCUCACCGAGUUCCACGGCUCCUUCCCAGACGCACAACUUCCUUCCAAAAGAAUAAUCGGACCAAAGAACUACGAGUUUCUAAUGUCCAAGCGAGAGGAGUUCCAAGAAUACCUGCAGAAACUGCUGCAGCACCCUGAACUCAGCAACAGCCAGCUGCUGGCAGACUUCUUGUCCCCCCACAGCAUGGAGUCCCAGUUCUUAGACAAGAUGCUGCCAGAUGUCAGUCUAGGGAAAAUCAUCAAAUCGGUCCCUGGGAAAUUGAUCAAGGAGAAAGGCCAGCACCUGGAGCCCUUCAUCCAGUCCUUUUUCAACUCCUGCGAGUCUCCCAAGCCCAAACCCAGCCGCCCAGAGCUCACCAUUCUGAGCCCCACCUCCGAGAAUGACAAGAAGCUUUACAACGAGCUGUUCAAAAACAACGCCAACCGAUCCGAGGCAGCUGAGAAGAAGCACAACCAGAACUAUUUCAUGGAGAUGAUCACGGUGGAGGGGGUCUACGACUACCUAAUGUACAUGGGACGCGUGGUGUUCCAUAUUCCUGAUUGGCUGCACCACCUGUUGAUGGCUGGGCGGAUACUGCUGAAGAACACUCUGGAGGCGUACACAGAUCACUGCCUGCAGUACAAGCUGGACCAGCUCCUCCAGGAGCACCGCGUGGUCUCUCUCAUCACACUGCUUAGAGAUGCAGUUUUCUGUGAGAACAGUGAACCCCGCUCAUUUGAGGACAAGCAAAAGAGAGCCAAGGCCACGUUUGAAGAAAUGAUGCGCUACAUUCCAGAUUUCCUGGGGAAGUGCAUUGGCGACGAGGCCAAGUACGAGGGGGUGCGGCUUCUCUUUGACGGGCUGCAGCAGCCAGUCCUCAACAAGCAGUUGACCUAUGUCCUGCUGGAUAUUGCAAUUCAGGAGCUUUUCCCUGAGUUAAACAAGGUGCAGAAGGAGUUUCCGCUCAUGGCUCCUUGGAUGUGAAGAGCAGAGGGACUUUUCUGGCUUCUCCUUGUCUGAAAUCAGGCCUCUCAGACUCACGGGGUGCCCUGCGGGCUGGAGUGUGCGCGUGCUGCAUUUUGCCAAAGCCAGUUACCCAGUCUUCCUUCCUUCAAAGAUUGUCCCAAUUUCCCCACAUUUUCGCCUAGGUUACAUUUUCAAAAAUGCUCCGUCGUACAUUAUCGUUUGUGUUCGGAGCACAAGUGUAAUCUUCAGGUGUGAUGUAUAAGUUGUGGAUAAAAAAGAGAAGGAAGUGCUUGGGCGCUGACUCGGCAAAUGUAAGUUCCUGGAAAAACAGGAAACUGAAAACGCAGCCCUACAGGAAUUCAGGAAGGGUGUGCAGAACACUUUGUAAAAAUGGCAUGAAGGAAUCGUAACUCUGAGGCUCUCUGCACUGAGGCCUGUACUGUGACGAACUACCAUCGUCAUCGGCAGUCCUAAAUGUACUGUAAUUCAUCAUGGCCUGAGAACGGUAGCUGGUGCAAACUUGUAAAAAUGACAGAAUAAGCUUUUUCAUGUGGAACGUGUGUCAUGGCUAUUAAAAUAUUUAUUGCUGAAAAUG